UUUCAUAACGACGUGUAUGUAUUUCCAUCCCUCAGCUUACCAGAGCCAUGCUAUCUCAGAAACACCUUUCUACUCAUUGGCUUUUUUAACAUUUACUGAAUAGUCAUGACAGGACAGAGUGCUUCUGCUCCAGAGGAGGGCGCUAUACAUAUCAACGUUGGAGGCUUCAGGCGACGGCUUCUGUCAAAGAGACUAUCUCGCUUCCCCGAGACAAGACUCGCGCGCUUGCUGCUGUGUCGCUCCAAAGAGUCCAUUCUUGAGUUGUGUGACGAUUACGAUGACUCUGAGAAGGAGUUUUACUUUGACCGGAAUCCAGCGCUCUUCCCUUAUGUUUUACAUUUUUAUAACACGGGAAGGCUACACGUCAUGGGUGAACUCUGCAUUUUCUCCUUCAGUCAAGAAAUCGAGUAUUGGGGCAUCAACGAGUUCUUCAUCGACUCUUGUUGCAGCAGCACCUACCACUGCCGUAAGAUGGACCCCGAGCAGAUGGACUGGGACGACAAGAGUGAAGAGGGCAGCACGACUUCCUCUUUUGACGAAAUCAUGGAAUUUUACAACGAUGCCGGUAAAUUUGACAAGCAGCCCCUUGGGAGCAUCCGACGCAAGAUCUGGUUGAUGUUGGACAAUCCGGGAUAUUCCCUCCCCAGCCGGGUCAUCAGUAUUUUCUCCAUUCUGGUCGUGUUGGGCUCCAUCGCCACCAUGUGUAUGAACAGCAUGAAGGAGUUCACGCUCCUGGACGGCGACGGCAGACCGUGCGAGGACCCUCGUUUCGAGACCAUGGAACAUUUGGGAAUAGGGUGGUUCACGUUCGAACUGGUGACCCGAUUCGCUGUAGCACCAGACCUACUCCACUUCUUCAAACACCCACUGAACCUGAUCGACCUGGUGUCCAUCUUGCCGUUUUACCUCACCUUGAUGAUUAACCUGGUGGCAGAGAGCAGCCCGGCGCUGGCCAACCUUGGUCGAGUCGCUCAGGUGUUGAGACUGAUGAGAAUCUUUCGCAUCCUGAAGCUGGUACGUCACUCCACGGGCCUGAGGUCUCUCGGCGCCACACUCAAAAACAGCUAUAAAGAGAUCGGCCUCCUGUUGCUGUACUUGGCCGUCGGAGUGUCGUUCUUCUCCGUCAUGGCCUACACCGUCGAGAAAGAGGACAACGAGGGAUUGAGCACCAUUCCGGCCAGCUGGUGGUGGGCAACGGUGAGCAUGACCACUGUGGGCUACGGAGACGUGGUUCCUAACUCCGUCGCUGGAAAACUCACCGCCUCGGCUUGCAUCCUCGCCGGAAUAUUAGUUGUGGUGCUUCCGAUCACUUUGAUAUUUAACAAGUUUUCUCUGUUCUACAAGAGACAGAAACAGUUGGAGGUCAUUAUGAGGACCUGCGACUUCGACGAAGGAAUGAAAGAGGCUCCGUCCAUGAAUCUGAGGAAUUAUUACGCUCAUAAAGUCAAAACACUGAUGGCCAGUCUGUCCAACAUGAGUCGCAGUUCACCCAGCAAUCACAGUUUAAAUGAGUCUCUUAAUUAG